UACAACACACUUUGGGUCUAGUUUUCAAGCAGUUCGUCUGCUUAUACCCGCUUCUGUCUGCUAAACUUGAUGUUGGUUGUUUUUUGUAAUUUCACCCUUUUCCGAAUUGCAGAAUAUUUGUAAAAGAAAUAAACACUGAAAAUAAGUAGAAUGACGUCGAAUCUUUUGAGAAGUACACUUGUCAGUCAUGGAUUGCGAGAAUUUAAGGAACCAUUAGCGUUUUUAACGCUAAAACUAUCGUUUGGUACAUCGUCAGUUUACAAAGGCUGUAAGGAAAGUGAUAAAGAUUCUGGUGGUAAAAAUAAAGAAUUUCGAAUUGAAAAGGAUACUUUUGGAGAACUAAAGGUUCCUGCUGACAAAUAUUAUGGAGCACAAACAAUGAGAUCAAUGAUUAAUUUUCCAAUUGGUGAUACCUUUGAAAGGAUGCCUUACGGAGUUAUUGUUGCAAUGGGCAUAUUAAAAAAAGCUGUAGCAGAGGUAAAUAAAGAGUAUGGUUUGGAUCCAAAAAUAGCAGAUGCUAUAAGUAAGGCUGCAGAUGAUGUUAUAUCUGGAAAGCUUUACAAUGAUCAUUUUCCAUUAGUAAUUUGGCAAACAGGUUCUGGAACACAAACCAAUAUGAACACUAAUGAGGUAAUCUCAAAUCGUGCAAUUGAAUUGCUUGGUGGUGAACUGGGAUCAAAAACACCUGUGCAUCCAAAUGAUCAUGUAAAUAAAUCUCAAAGCAGUAAUGACACAUUUCCAACGGCUAUGCACAUAGCAGUUGCUUUAGAAAUUAAGAAAGUAUUGCUUCCUGGAUUAGAAAAAUUGUAUAAUGCUUUAAGUGAUAAAGCUGAUGCAUGGCAAGAUAUUAUAAAAAUUGGCAGAACUCAUACUCAAGAUGCUGUGCCUUUGACAUUAGGGCAAGAAUUUUCAGGUUAUGCAAUGCAAGUUUGCAAUGGCAUGAAAAGAGUGCAUGAUACUCUUCCGCGACUGUAUGAGUUAGCUCUCGGUGGUACUGCAGUAGGUACAGGACUGAAUACAAAAAAAGGUUUUGCAGAGAAAGCAGCAAAAAAGAUAGCAGAACUUACUGGUUUACCUUUUGAAACAGCCCCCAAUAAAUUUGAAGCUUUAGCUACACAUGAUGCCAUGGUAGAAGUGCAUGGUGCACUUAAUACAGUAGCAGUAUCACUUAUGAAGAUUGCUAAUGAUAUUCGAUUUUUGGGAAGUGGACCUCGUUGUGGCUUAGGAGAACUAUCUCUCCCUGAAAAUGAACCAGGAAGUUCAAUAAUGCCUGGUAAAGUUAAUCCAACACAAUGUGAAGCAUUAACUAUGGUCUGUUCUCAAGUAAUGGGCAAUCACGUUGCUGUAACUGUUGGUGGUAGCAAUGGUCAUUUCGAACUGAAUGUGUUUAAACCUCUGAUCGUCGCAAAUACAUUAAGAUCUGCAAGACUUUUGGGCGAUGCUGCCGCUUCAUUUACCAAGAACUGUGUUGUUGGCAUUAAACCAAAUAAAGAUAAAAUUGACAAACUUCUAAAUGAUAGUUUAAUGCUUGUCACAGCAUUAAAUCUACAUAUUGGUUAUGAUAAGGCUGCUGCAAUCGCAAAACAAGCACACAAAGAAAAUCUUACAUUGAAAGAAAGUGCACUUAAGAAUGGCGUAACUGAAGAACAAUUUAAUGAAUGGGUCAGACCUGAAAACAUGAUUGGUCCUAAUUAAAUGAUAAGUAUAGCAGAAAGAAGCUAGGGAACUAAAACUUUUUUUUAUUAAAAAAUAUUAAAUGAAUUUCUGUCAACAGAUGUAACAUUUAUACUGC